CGAACGCCGUUACGGGUAUUGAAGAAGUUAUACGAGCUGCUGAAAGGACUGCUACGAGCAGGUUUGAUAACGUUCUCCAACAGCCCUUGGGCAUCACCCAUUGUGAUAGUGCUGAAGAAGAAUGGGGUUGACAUCCGGUUAUGCAUCGACUACAAGCGCGUAAAUGCUGUUACGACCGUUAUGGAAUAUGCAAUGCCCUUGGUGGACGAUUUGUUGACGGACAUGGAGGCGUACUUAUGGUUUUGCUCGCUUGACGCGGCAAGCGGGUUUUGGGCUGUGAUGAUGACGGAGAGAGCUCGGAAGGUAUCUGCUUUUGUCUGCGCACUUGGGCAUUUUGAUUGGCGCCGGAUGCCGCUCGGUCUCAAGAAUGUAUCUAUGAUUUACCAGCGAAUGAUGGACAACGCCUUAUGGGGGUUCGUUCAACCGAAGGGUGGUUGGAAAGAGUACUCUGAGCGUAUACAGCUAGCUGAAGAAGACGUCGAACGUACCAAGACAGGGGUGGCAGAGAGUUCAACGAGGCUUCGUUCCAAAUUUGAGGCCGACUGA